GGAGGUUACUUACACUGAGGGGGGGAAUCCAGCUGGCUCAUCUGAUCCCUGCAGUUCAGGAGAGAGAGCAGUGUGUGUCAUGUUACACAGGAGAGAAGAUCAGCCGCAGCAACCAGUUGAGAAUUACACCUUCCUAAUGGGGACUUUUGUGUGUGACUUCUUUACAACUCUCACAAGUCACUGAAGUUUACUAAGAAAAAAAAAAAAGAGAAUAAACUACAACACAACACAGCAGCAGGACAGAACUUUCCAAAAACUUUUUCUCUUCUUGUAUACAAAUACAUCUAUUUCAUUUUGUUCAUGAAGUUGGAUCUACGCUAUCAAAGCUGCAGAGACCAAUUUAUUUGUGGCUGGCAGCUUCAUUCCCGUACCCUGCUUGUCAUAUACCGGACAGCUGCUAUUGGAUCCACCUCGGUUUGACCCUGAAUUCUGGAUUUUGCUUCUUGGAUUAAGAUUGUGGAUUAUUUAUUCUAUUUAUUUAUUUAUUGCUCCUCUGGACAGCAUGGAGGGGAAGGAGGUGUGCAGGGAUGCUGCUAGCAACAAUGUAUUCCCUAGGAGUUGUAAUGUCACCCCCUGUAGGACAGAGGACUGUAGGAAGUGCAGCUGGUUCCCUGCACUCUUGGGAUGUGGGUUUGCAGUGGUAUCAGUCUUUUCUCUGGUUCUCAGCCUCCUGGUUUUCAGUAGAACUUCUGACCUGCAGUCCAGGGUUUCUGAUUUAGAGAAGCAGCAAUACACUCAGCUAUCUGCCUUGGUCUCUGCAGACCAAAUGGAGACAGCUAUUUUGGGAAGAGUUGACCAACUCCUGGAAGAGAAGCUGAAAUCCCAUCUACCAAGGCUUCGAGAAGCAAGAGACACAAGUGUGAAAUGCCUGUGUCCACCUGGGCCUCCGGGAGCAAGGGGCAAGAGAGGACAUAAUGGGGAGUCAGAAGUUGUCAUUCAGCCCUCAUAUACUUGGGUUUCUGCAACGUGCAAACUCUUUGGUAGAAAACCAUAUUCAAGAUUAACGGGAAUAUUCAUCAUGAAAAAAUUGUGA